GUGCUCCUGUAGCCGGUCUGUCAUUGAGUCAGUAGUAUGUGAACAGUCUGUGUGAACACACACAGCAGUGAGGACAUAAAUAGAGAUCAUCGGCUGUCCUGUCUGUGGUUCGUACAUCCCUGAUAUGACUCUGUUCAGCCUGAGAUAUAUGAACAUGAGUGGAGAGCUGCAAUCCAGCCGCUCUAGAUCAACAAGUAAAAGGGCCAGUGCCACCACUUACGGGUCUGACUUUGAGCUGGACUACAACAGCUACCACGAGGACUACUAUGACAGGGCCUAUGACUAUCAGCGUGUGCCAGCAUCACUGUCCCCAUCACCUCUGGAUACCAGCGUGGCCAAGAGAUCACGUUCCUCCUCCUACUCCACGGGCCACAGACGCAGCCGAGACAGAAUCCACUCCAAAAACUCCAGACCUCACUCCACUACAUCAGCCAAGUUGGGCAUGGGAGAGCUGCAGGUGAUUAAAAAGGAGCUGACUCUGAUAAAGACACAGAUCGAUGGGCUGCUCGACAGCCUCGACAGGAUGGACACACAAAGGAAUGACUACAAAGGGUCCCCCCUUAGGGCUGACAUUCCAUCUGGAUCACCGUACCCUCUGACAGCCAGCAGCCCUGAACACUCCUUCUCCUCCCUCUCCCCACACACCUCCUACCUUCCAAUCCACAAGGGGAGCCCCAACCUGAGGGAGUCCUCUGAUGACCAUCACACGAUGAGCAACAACAGCUCUGACCACGAGGAGGAAAUAUGAGGCUGGCAGAAGACACGGAUUACGUGCCAAACAUUGAGGAAGAGAAAAACAAUCGAGCCAAAA